AUGUCCACUCUAUCAAAUGGACUUUGUUCACCUGUAGACCCAUCAUCCGGUAUGUCCACUCUAUCAAAUGGACUUUGUUCACCUGCAGACCCAUCAUCCAAAGCUCAGUCCAAGUCAAAGAAGCGACUUGCAUCUAUACCAGAGAACCCGAAAGGUGCCAAGGAACACAAUUUGCGCCCGUCUCCCUCUGUCCCGAUGCAAUUCAAACUGACGCCACCAAAGGGUCGGUCCAACCCCUACCAAUGCACUGCACCUUUGGAUGCCACCCCUCCGUGGAAACAAGUGAUCACGUCUGACGCAGUUCACGUCAUCACCAGCACCCCAACAGGAACACAGGAAGCCAGUGUUCCAGCUGAUGCUGUGGUAGCCAGCACUCUGCGUGGAAGGACCAAUGAGGAAAAUGGAGCAGAGGAACACAAUAGUGCCCUGACCUACAGGGACACUGUUGCCUCUCCCCCUGCUCCCACGGUUCCUCUCACCACUGAUGUGCCUUCUUGCUGUCCAUUGGACUGUCUCUCCCUUUCAGCACAUUACAUCUUCAAUGUGUCCGUCGUCUUUGAUUGGCAGAGCAUCGGUUUGUCCAAUUUCAAUCAAGUCCAGACCGCCUACAAUACCUUCCAUCAGUUUGCUUCCAGUAUUUGGGGCAAGAUCACUUCCAAGGUCGUCUUGUGUUUUGCUGACCGUCUUUGGAUAGUAAUCCACUUCCCUGCAAUAGUUUGUCUGCAGAUUCAGCAUCAGAGGAGCUGUUCUCAUUUGAUUGCAGUUGCACAUAAAUCCUGUUGCAAGAGCGGCUUUAAAGAUAUCAUCCUUGAACUUGUCUUGAGCUGCAGUAUUGGUGCUAGCAAUAGCAGCAUACGCUUUUGUCUUGACUGCAAAAUUUUGGAACCAGGCAAUGCCAUAUAG